AAACAAAUAUUAAAAAACAGCUGCGUCCCCCCUAGAAAGCUGUAAAACCCAGCAGCGGUUGAUGUAUAUAGCCUCCUCCCGCACACCAAUAAUUCCAAUCAAUCUUUUCUCACAUAAAAAAUGAGGAUGAGUUGUAACGGAUGCAGAGUGUUGAGGAAAGGGUGCAGCGAGGAUUGUACCAUAAGACCGUGUUUGGAUUGGAUCAAGAGCGCAGAGUCUCAAGCCAAUGCUACUCUCUUCCUUGCUAAGUUCUAUGGCCGCGCUGGUCUCAUCAACCUCAUCAACGCUGGCCCCAAUCACCUUCGUCCUGCGGUUUUUCGUUCGUUAUUAUACGAGGCAUGCGGGAGAAUAGUGAACCCGAUUUAUGGAUCGGUGGGUUUGUUGUGGUCGGGGAGCUGGCAGCUCUGCCAAGCCGCCGUCGAAGCGGUUUUGAAGGGACUGCCGAUCACGCCGAUAAAUUCGGAGCUGGCGGAGAGCGGACGGGGUCCACCUUUCAAGGCUCAUGACAUACGCCACGUGUCCAAGCCUCAUAACAACACCGUAACCGUCGCGUCUCACGAAACUAAGCGAGUCAAGACUCGCUCCCGAAUCAAGAAGCCCAAGGUGGCCGAGGUUGCGAAGCGCGCGUCGAGUCACGAGUCAUCGCUGAGCCACGAACGGAUGGAGGCGGUUGCUACGGCGGCGGAAGGAGAGAGCAAGGAGAUCGAAAGUGACGUGUCGGUGGAGACGACUACGACUACGACUACGGUUCGGUUCCAUGACGAACCGGAUUCUGAUGCAAAGGGGAGGGGUGGUUCGGCCGAAGUCUGCGGGAACGAGGUUGGGUUGGAGCUGACGCUGGGGUUUGAAACGGUGUCACGUGAGCAUCAUGACGUUGUGGUGCCAAUGAAGAAGAGGAGAAUUGAUUUGAAGGAUUUUUGUGGCGGGGUAAGUAGUGAUAACGGUUCGUGCAAGAUGGAGUUGGGACUUCAGUUCCAGGCUUUCAACGGUUCAGUUUUGACUUGAUUGAUCAGCUUCAGUUCCAAUGUGAAUUGUAGAAUUAGGGAUAAAAGAAAAAAACGUUUUCACAGCCCUUGUUAUUAUGGUUUAAUUUUUCUUAGUUCUUUUAAAGGAUAUGGGUUAGUGUUUUUUGUGUAUGAAAUGCAGUAUAAAGGUAGUCGAAAUGUAUAGAGAGAAGGAAGCUGAUCUUUAAAUUUUACAAGAGUUUUUUACUUAUCUAAAACAACCGGUUUCUUCCAUUGCCCAAGUUUCAAA